CAGCUCCGCAACCUCAACACGCUUCACUCAUGAUGGUCUCUUAUCUACCCUUCUAUCCUAUCAUUCUCGCAGAUCUAGACUCCCGAUGUCAGGAAAAGACGAGUCCCGCGAUCAUCCCCACUGGGAGAUAAUCGGGAAAAAAGGGCACUGGCAAGUCCUCCCAAUCAAGCCCUACAGUGAUGGCGACCAACGAACCUGGCCUCCCAAACCCUAUCGGCCUAGUUCUGAGGAACGGCACUUGAUCAAUCUGGCAAAAGCAUGGUCAGAGAAGCUGGGGAUCCAACGACCAGGUUUGGACCACUAUCUCGACAAACUCCCCCUUGGAUUUUCCGUGUUCGAAACAGAUCAGCACGGCAAUACAGGCGUAGUCUAUAAGCGACUCUUUGGUCAUCGGUCUGGCAAGUACUAUGACUCCAUUGCCCGAUUUCAGCCGCACUUCCUUUGGUUGAUGUCGGGAAUGAAGGGCACCUGUGAAUGCAUACUCUGCGGCCAUUACAAAGCGGAGCUGAUCAAACGUCGAAUACGGCACCCUGUGGAUAACCAGCUCCUAUUUGCAAGGGAGAAGAGAAAGACUUUUACUCCCCUUGAAAGUGAGUCCUCCUCGAGGUCAACUUCCAUUGCCAGCCGCGCUACCGGGGCAAUUUCGACUCGUCCGCAGCGUCACAUUAAAGCUGCCGGGGCUCCGUAUGCACAGGACGCAGAAGGCACGGAAGAUGUGUUCAAAGACCAAAUAAAGAGACUGGAGGCCGUCAAGGGGGGCACAACGGGAAUCGAAGACGACAUCUGGGAACCCAAUUCUAUCGAUUGGAGAGCUGAGCACUCUUGGACGACGCAAAAUGUUCAGGAUUGGCCUGGCGUAGACUACGUUCAAAGGAGUCUGACUUUGAUCGAACAUCAACAUGCCUUUGUGCCCCGAGUCGGAGAACUUGUUUUAUUCUGUCCAAACUUUCUUCACAAUCACUACCUCAUGCUCGACGAAAAGACACAGGAAUACAAGUUCUACUCUUUUGAGCAAAAAUGCUUCCAUGGCUCACCUGACUGGAGAGGUGGGGUCGUUGCGACUGUGCCGUCUGCUAUUGCAACCGAUGGACCUGUCGACUUUCCGGAUAUUCAAGACCUUCCAUCGAAGCAGACCAGUCUCAACACCGGAGGCUUCCGAGUGGAAACGUUUCCAGAUCCCAAUAAUGAGGAGGAUAAAACAAUGUCCAAACAAUACCGGUACCUUCCGUUGCGGAACAUUCGACCUUUGAGUCACUGGCAGAUGCUGCUCCGCGGAAUCCCGAGGACGAAAUGGCACGCAUCGAUUGAACACGCUAUGACUUGCAUGACCAGUCUCUCACUGCUGGAAAAAUGGUAUUUCAAGGGUGACUGGCCUGACGCAACCAUUCGUUGCAAAGGGAUCUACAUAGGGUCCGAGUUAAUUACGGUUGGCGAUGCCGUCAGAAUCGCCCCACGAGAAAAAGGGAAAGGAUGCAGUGAUGUGCUAGUUGUUGAAUCAAUCAGACUCCAUCUUGACGAGAUCAAAUCGGAGCAUGUUUCUGCAGACUCGCCGUUGCUAUCGACGCGGUCCUAUAUAACGCUUGUGGGCAAAGGCUACACCAUCGAUAGAAGGCGUCAUUACAAGCUCCAAGCCACAAAUCCAGACUCAACGCUUGGUGAUGCUGAAUCCGUGCCCCAAGACGAGGUCAAAACGGUUUUCCGUCCCGUCGGUUCAGCAAUCUACGGUCCCUGGUACCCCCUCCACGCACCUCACCAUCGAUAUGAGAUAUCGCACGACCAAGUUCUCGGCAGACUGUGCGAAGCUGCUGCCGUGCAGCUCUGGACGGGUUUGCUGCAACACAAGUCUGCCAACGGCAGGAAGGGUGACAUCAGACCAUCCCUUGAUUACGACUUGAAAGGUAUCGAAGAGGGUCGCGCCUACGCCACACAAGCAGAUGAAAGAUUGGAUGAGGUCAACGAGGGCUCCUUGCUCUGGUACUGGGCCGACACACGAGCCGAAGCAUUAGAUCUACAAACGAUCAACGGACUUGAAGUCGGCAAAUAUGAUAGGCUCCGGGACAGGGACACUUUGGAGCUUUGGAGGACACAUCUCAAAAUCCUCAAUGGCCAGCAAUUCACGCUCGACACCUUCGCCUCGAAAUACACCUCCGACUUCCCGGAUCCCGAGUUGGGUGGAUCUAGACGAGGACGGCCAACGGGCUCCAAAGUCAUUGACGGCAAACUUUACAAGCCUGGAGAUCCUGGAUAUGAAGAUGUCGUUGCCGGAGCAAUUUUCGAACCUCAGUCAACUCCAAGCAAGAGUAAAAGCAGCCAGUUAGCUGGGGCAGCGCUGGUGUCCACAGACGAAGAAGACGAAGACAGAGACAAUUCGGAGAAUGGAACGGAGGAGUGGUAUGAUGCAGUAGAACCUGCGGCAGAAAGUCUGAUGAUCGGAGACGAAAGGCCUGUGCCAAAUCAGAAGAAGCCGAAGACAAAGGCAGAGAUCAUGGCUAGCGCGGUUGAGGACGAGGAGAUCUCAGAGGAAGAUGACUGGCACGAUGGACGCAUCCCACUGGCUCGAGGAGGAACAGAAGAGACAGAAGGCGGUGAUUAUGAUCCUCGCGCCGAGAGGAAUUAGCAGUAGUGGCAACAAGCGCAAGGAGGGAUCGAGAAACAGCAUGGUGUUGGCUCAAAUUGCAUAGUGUCUAGAAGACAAGCUGGAGUUGGGUAUCGACUGGGCUGCUGGUUGUCCGGACACGGGGGUAUCAAGAAGCAGCGGAAGCAGUACGAACCUCGAUCAGAGAUCAAGACAUUGAGGCUGGGAGCUUGGAGGAAAUCACUAAGGGAAUGUAAUUGUUGCAAAAUUGAAAAGAG